UAGCGGGCGGAUCCGGCCAUAGAAUAAACAAGCUGUUGGCCACGUUGGUGCGCCAGCAUUUGCGGGGGAUCCCGGGCGGCGAGAAGGAAAAAAGCAGAGGCCGGAAAAGGGCCACUUCGCAAUGAUCAUCCCUGUUCGAUGCUUCACCUGCGGCAAAGUCGUGGGCAACAAGUGGGAGGCGUACCUGGGCCUCUUGCAGGCUGAAUACACGGAAGGGGAUGCAUUGGAUGCUCUUGGCCUAAAGCGCUACUGUUGUCGGAGGAUGCUUUUGUCACAUGUGGAUUUGAUUGAGAAGCUGCUGAACUAUGCGCCCUUGAAAAAGUAGUAGCAUUGGCACCCUGGAAUGGAGCCACAAUGGGAAUGGAAGAUCUCUCUCUCUUCCUCAGUUGGUAUCAAAACCAGGCACCUUCCACUAGAGGGUGCUGUUGUGCAAUGGAAGGAUUCUAUCUCAUUCAGUGAUGUGCAAUAAAGAGCAUGACACAUAUAUGCAUAAAA